AUGAGUGCAAGUACAUGCGAUGGUAGAGUGGUGAAUUCUAGACAAGCUCGAGAAUUUUGUACAGCUGGGGGUGGAGGCCCAGCUCCCGAGAUGGUCUUGGAAUCAAAACUGAUAGAACUCGGAGAGAGUGAGGAAGUGGUUGACCUCACCUCUGACUCUCUAGAACCUGCAGUGAUUGACCUAACUGACCAUGACGCUGUUGUGAUUGUUGAGGAAAGGAGGAGGCCAAGGAGACUCACAAGGCCAUUGAGAAGACAAGCUGGCAUCUGUGUGGUGAGCAGCGACAAGAAGCGGGUGAUGAGAGACAGAGAUGUAUAUGUGACCAACAGUGCUUCCCACAAUGCCCUGGAAAAAGAAACACUACCUGGUUAUAUCCAGUGCCGGAUUUGUAUGGAUGGGUACUUGGAGAUGGAAUUGAGUAGACGACACAUCUAUUCUACAGCUUGUGGCCACAUCUUCUGUAGUCAGUGCCUCUGCACUUUCCUUAGAAAUACUAAAAAUUGCCCAGUUUGUUUGAAAAAAAUUGACCGCCAUCAGUACCACCGCAUUUAUAUAUAA